AUGUCAGGCCCAGGCUCCGGCUCAAGCUAUUACAUUGGACCCUUCGGUCGUAUGUUACCCACCACAGACGGUCCAUCCUCGGAGCACCAACCCGGGCAUUCAGCUAAUUUGCCAGAUCACGAGGACUCUCCGUAUCAGCUUCCACCCCCGCGUGUACCGGCCAGUUUACAAUUUGGAACGGAUUUGUCUCUGAGGACUGAUAACGCCGAUGGUAAAGACAUUGGAUCGCAGAAGCCCGAGCAACUUCCAUCAUUGAGCCAAAUCUUCACCACCGAAGCACCUUCCAGCUCGCACUCUCAAGCAUACGCUCCUCUGACACCAAGCAACGAGCGCCGUGACUCUGCAUACAACUUUUCCCAUCAUGAUCCGAGACUUCCUGCUGUUCACGAUAGAACAAAGGGUCUCUCUGAAUCAAUCUCACAAUCCCACAAAGCCGGCCUACCUCCGUUGUCCCAGGUGGCUUUACAUAGUCAUAGAGACUUGCCCCAUCAUACGCCCAUGAGAAACGACCCAUCCACUGCACCCUUUCCGCACGCCCCGUUACCAUAUGGCAAUUCACCUCUACACGAUCAAGGACCUGGUGGAGAGCCGUCCGAUGGCUCGAGUAGACCAGGGAAGACCCCUGUUCGACCUGCUGUGAUAGACGAGCGAAUGAUCGAGGGAGAAGGACUAUGCUUCAUAUAUGCCGACGGAUCAUAUUGCCCACAAACCAUCGACGGCACACCAGUGAAUGCUAAUUGGGGCGUCACCAAAGCUGGCAGACCCAGAAAGCGGCUCGCACUUGCGUGCUUGACGUGUCGAGAGAAGAAGAUAAAAUGCAACCCUGCCACCGAAGCUGUGUGCGAUCAAUGCCGGAAGUCUGGACGAGAAUGCCGGUUUGAAAGUGCCCCGCGCGGUAAUCGUGCUUCGAUGAGGGGCUCAAGCGGCAGACCUGAGCUUUGCGGCCCAACUCACCUCACCUCGGACGGUUCACCGUCACUUUACAACGUCACUCGAGAUUCUAGUAGUGUGACCUCUCUUUCUGGGGCCAAUGGUCAGUCGCCAGUCUCCGAGGGUUCAACUCUUACACCUUCGGGCCAAGAAGCCACCUAUGAAACCAUGGCCGAUGCAGACAGAGCUUUAAGGUCUCGAACCUACCGAUUUCCACCACCUUUCUCCGGCGCAGAUGACACCAUCGGAAGAGCUUCGGCACAUAUCGAAACCAGUCGUUCCCCAGAGUAUUCUGAAAUAUUGGGUGAACUCAAAGACAGCAACCUGGACGACCCGCUGAUGACUUCUUGGUAUCUCGACCCGUAUGAAGUUGACCCGGAAACCACUAUGCACUACAUCGAGUGUUAUUUCUUGCAUGUGAAUAACGGCCUGUACCACAUGUUCCCACAUGGUAGAUUUCCUCUGUGGUUGAAGUCAUGCCCUACCAAGUCUGCCGAAGACAAGAUGCUUCUUUAUUCUACGUUAGCUCUUGGUUCUGUCUUCUCAAAUCGACCGGACAAGCUCGAAGCCAUGAAGCAAUAUGCCCGCAUAGCACGCUUUGCCAUCGACAAAAGCCAGCACAAACUCUCUGUGCAACUUGCACAGAGCCACAUAAUUAUGAGUCUUUGGUACUACGCCACAGGCUCAUUGGCCGGAUCUUGGAGCUCAGUAGGUGCGGCAGGGCGGGCGGUUUUUGGACUUCGCUACAAUGUGGAAUCCGGUGGCGUUGUUAACCAAAGCGAAACGAAUGACUACGGGUUACACCCACAGGCGUUGAUUGAGUGCCGCCGGCGCACAUUUUGGAUUGCUUUCGUGCUUGAUCGUUUCUCCAGCCUAUACUCUGCAUCAGUGACCUGCAUCUCGUCUGAUGCAGCCCUGUUAAGACUACCAUGUCGCGAAGAAAUUUUCGAAGCUCAGCAAUACGCAACGGUCCCUUAUUUCCAAUCGUUCCUCAAUUACUCCCCGACCUCCCCAGAAAACGAUCGCUCGGCUCUCAGCUCAAUGGCCUUUUUGAUCGAGAUUAUGGCCAUUUGGGGUGAUGUUUCCCUGCACGCCACGCGUUUACCUCACAUCCCUCCUGAAGCAUACAACCGACUCUCCGAGGAUUUCCACAACACCAUCUUCCAGAAAGCGAACCAAUGGACGAACCGACUUCCCGAUUAUCUAACAUUCUCAUCUAUCAACAUGGAGCGCAACAUUCGACAGCGAAAAGCGGACACAUUUAUUUCAAUUCACUUGUUCUACCACGCCAGUUUGAUGAAAUUAUACAGAAAUGCCCGCUACCAGAACUUACGACCUGAGGUUCUUGUCCAGUACAUUCAUCGAGCACGAUACCAUGCGGUCGAGAUCAUUCGCAUCGCCCUUGCCUUUGAUCAGUAUUCGAAGGAAUUUAAGUCUUCUCGGCUCGCCACAGAGUCAUCUUCACCUCAGCUGACUCUCUUGAAUCCAUUCCUGGGUUACUUGAUUCUCUCAGCUGUGGACGUCCUGGCAGCAGCUGGCUUGGCCUCUCAAUUACAGGAAUGCAUCUCAUACACUCGAAGUGCACUGGAAACGGUGCAAGAGCUGAGUCGUUAUUGGGACAGCUCUUUGCAGCUAGUUGCAGUUCUUCAAAAGCGAUUAGGGCUGAUGAUUGACUGCCUGAAUGAGCGCAGUGUCAUUGAAGAAAAGCAGGGCUUUGCUUUAGAGGGGCCAUCUCUUGAAACCAAAGCUCACAAUGGCGCUUUACACUCCCAUCCACCCUCCAGCCCCGGUGAAGAUCUGUUCACGGGCUCGAUGCCCAAAGAAGUCCUUCUGAACGCACUGCGAGUUGACGAAACCCUUAUCUCAACAAGCAACAUUGCUUGGAUCAGAGAUCCAUGA